GUAUAAAGAAAAUCGAAAAAAAAAAAAAAAAAAAAACAAGAGAAUUAUUGGAAAGCAAAAAUUCUCCAAUGGCUUCCUCUUCUACCAAAUCCAUUUUCACCUCUCCUUUCCCUUCGUCUUCAUCGUCAUCAAAAUCUUCAUCAUCAAAAUCAAAAUCUUCCAAACUUUCCUUCCUCCAUAAUACCUCCUCCUCCUCCUCCUCCUCCUCUUCUCCAAUCUCCCUCAAACUCUCCCAUUUUCAUUCCCUUUCUCUUCGUCGUCGCCGUUGUGCUUCAUUCUCGGUCAACGGAGCCUUAAAAACUGUCGAAUCUCCUUCGGUCCACAAGUCCCAAGAUCUCGACCUAACGUCUUCGAGGUCGAAGCCCACCAUUCUGGUCUCCGAGAAACUUGGAGAAGCUGGACUGGAUGUUCUCCGCGGGUUCGGGAACGUGGAGUGCGCGUACGACCUGUCGCCGGAGCAGCUGUGCUCGAAGAUCUCGUCGUGCGACGCUCUGAUUGUGAGGAGCGGGACGAAGGUAAACCGGCAGGUUUUCGAGGCGGCCAAGGGGAAGCUGAAGGUGGUGGGAAGAGCCGGCGUGGGGAUCGAUAAUGUGGAUCUGCAAGCCGCCACGGAGUUCGGAUGUCUCGUCGUUAAUGCUCCCACCGCCAAUACCGUCGCCGCCGCUGAGCAUGGCAUCGCUCUUCUUACCGCCAUGGCCAGAAAUGUCGCGCAAGCAGAUGCUUCCAUCAAAGCUGGAAAAUGGCAAAGGAACAAGUACGUAGGAGUAUCAAUGGUUGGGAAAACAUUGGCAGUGAUGGGAUUUGGAAAAGUGGGAUCAGAAGUGGCAAGAAGAGCAAAAGGGUUGGGAAUGCAAGUGAUAGCACACGAUCCAUAUGCACCAGCUGACAGAGCAAGAGCAUUGGGUGUGGAUUUGGUGUCCUUUGAUCAGGCAAUCUCCACCGCUGAUUUCAUAUCUCUGCAUAUGCCACUUACACCUUCUACCAACAAGAUAUUCAACGAUGACACUUUCUCUAAAAUGAAAAAGGGUGUACGAAUCGUUAAUGUUGCUAGAGGUGGAGUUAUCGAUGAAGAUGCUUUGGUUAGAGCCCUAGAUAGUGGCGUUGUUGCUCAGGCAGCACUUGAUGUGUUCACGGUAGAGCCUCCACCAGCAAACAGCAAGCUAGUGCAGCAUGAGAAUGUCACUGUCACACCCCAUCUUGGAGCUAGCACAAAGGAAGCACAGGAAGGUGUAGCUAUUGAGAUAGCAGAGGCUGUUGCUGGAGCCUUAAAAGGUGAACUUUCUGCCACCGCCGUCAAUGCGCCAAUGGUUGCUCCUGAGGUUCUGUCUGAGUUGGCUCCAUACACAGUGCUAGCUGAGAAGCUUGGUAAGUUGGCUGUACAAUUAGUGAGUGGAGGAAGCGGAAUUACAUCCGUGAAGGUGGUUUACAAAUCAGCAAGGGACCCAGAUGACUUAGACACUAGACUUCUCCGAGCCAUGAUCACAAAAGGCAUUAUCGAACCGAUAUCUACCUCGUUUAUUAAUCUGGUGAAUGCAGAUUUCGCUGCCAAGCAGAAAGGCCUGCGCAUAAGCGAGGAAAAAAUGCUCCUUGACUCAUCACCAGAGUUCCCUUUUGAGUCAAUCCAGGUACAAAUAUCAGGUGUGGGGUCUAAGUUUGCUAGCUCUGUUUCGGAUAAUGGAAACAUAAGCAUAGAGGGGAAGGUAAAAUAUGGGAUACCCCACUUGACAUGUCUAGGAACUUUUGGUGUGGAUGUGAGCCUGGAAGGAAACCUCAUCCUGUGUCGGCAGGUCGAUCAACCUGGCAUGAUUGGCCGGGUCGGAAACAUACUUGGGAAGCAUAACGUGAAUGUGAGCUUUAUGAGUGUGGGAAGAACUGCAAAGAGGAACAAAGCUAUCAUGGCAAUUGGUGUGGAUGAAGAACCAAACAAGGAGACCCUACAGAAAAUAGGAACGGUGCCUGCUAUUGAAGAGUUUGUGUUCCUUAAGCUAUAGAGAGUAUUGAGGUGCAUGUUACUGUGAAAAAUGUUUUUUUUUUUUUGGGGGUUUGUUUUUUAAGUAUUAUCUAGAUAAGUCUUGCAAUGGUAACUUAAGAAAAGAAGCUGGCUACCAACAAAUAAAGCAGACAGCAAGGCAUGUCAACAGUCACAAUGAACUCGUUCAGCACUAUUUGCCAUCCUAAAAGGCAAGGGUGAGGCUGCUGCAGCCAAUGUUGUUAUUCUACCCAUAGCUGUUGUAUGUGCCAGUAGUUUUGUAAGAGAUUUUACAAAUGGUGUGUAAUUCUAUUUGUAUUCAACUGGUUUAUAAACUUCCUUAAAAGGUUUUCAUA